UCGCAGCCACUACCUCAAAUAACAGUGUGACAUUGCACCUGGUGUCCACAGUUCUGUGAAGUUAAUGUUUGCUGACAACUACGGAUAGAAGUUAACCCGCAGCCCUCCCCCUUGGCCGCCGUCCCAGGCUCCGCGCUGCCCGAGUCAGCACUCACAGUGUGUGGAGGAGCCGAGCCGACUGCCUCUCACCGGCGCAGUCACUCCUCACACCGCACGCCCGCCCUGCUCGCUGCUCUAAUGUAUUGCAAGAUAUCCUCUGGAAGAUUUCACCUGAAGAAGAUCCUAUGGCUGUUUGUCACUCUUCCACUGCUCUGCCUCUUAAAACUCUAUUCCAACCACGUAGACCAAGGCUCACGGAAGACCUGGCUAGUGGAGCCCCUCUGGAGUACCUCCUCACUUGUGUGGAACAGGAAGAGUGUGAAGUACCUGGAGUCCAAGACUGAAAUCAAUUGCACCGAUAUCUACAACUACAGCCCAGUGGAGGUGGGCAAAACCUUGGAGAUACGCAAGGGUAACAUUGUUGAUUUGGAAGAUGAAGACGUUGAGUUGAUGACCUCAAACUGCACCCAGUACCUUUACCAGAGAGGAUAUCACAACAAUGUGGCCUCACACGAGGAGCAAGAGUAUCCACUGGCCUUUUCUCUGGUUGUUCAUAGGGAAGCCAUUAUGGUGGAGAGGUUACUAAGAAUGAUCUACCUGCCCCAAAAUACAUACUGCAUUCAUUACGACCAGAAAUCCUCAAAGUCUUUCAAAGCUGCCUUGGACAAUUUAGCCAGGUGUAUGCCGAAUGUAUUCAUUGCAACAAAGAUAGAAUUGGUGCGUUAUACUCAAAUCUCCAGACUGCGCGCAGAUCUCAAUUGCUUGUCCGAUCUACUCAAAUCCUCGGUCCGGUGGAAGUACAUUAUCAACUUGUGUGGCCAGGAUUUACCCCUGCGGUCCAACUUCGAGCUGGUUUCCGAAUUGAAGAAGCUGAACGGAGCCAACAUGUUGGAGUCGGUCAAGCCCAGUGCUGGGAAGGCCCAGCGAUUCAUGUUUCGCCACACGUCUCAAACCAGUCCGUCUGGGAACCAAGACACGCUCAUCAAAACGGACAUGAAGAAAGAUCCUGCCCCCCAUGGCAUUCAGAUGUUCACCGGCAGUGCCUACUUUGUGUUGAACCGUGACUUUGCCCAGUAUAUCAACAACAGCACGGUAGCCAAGGAUUUCCUAGCGUGGUCCGCAGAUACAUACUCGCCGGAUGAGCACUUUUGGGCAAGUAUGGUGAGAGUGCCCGGGGUGCCGGGUGGGCUGCCCAGCUCUGCGGCCGAGGUGACUGACAUGCAAAGUAAGACCAGGCUGGUGAAGUGGGAGUACAUGGAGGGGAGCGCGUACCCGCCUUGCACGGGCACCCACGUCCGCAGUGUCUGCGUGUACGGUUCCGCAGAGCUCAGGUGGCUCCUGGACAAAGGCCACUGGUUCGCCAACAAGUUCGACCCUAAAGUCGACCCAGUGUUAAUCAAGUGCCUGGAGCUAAAGAUCAUGGAGCGCCAGAGGAAUUGGCUGAGAUUGAAUCCUCGGAUGGUCUAUGUUUUCAGUCCCGGAGGGGACUUCUGGGGCUGAAGGGAGUGGGACCAUCACAUUUUGCGUUGGAAAUGUCGAUCGAGCUUUGAAAGCUGAACUGAAAAUCCAACGAGAUUCUUCCCUGCCGUGCAGGGUGAGUUUUAGCCAAGUAGAAAGCAGAGAAUAGAGUGAGUAAGAUGAGAGAGCAAAUGCUUGACUGGUAUCCGUCAGAGCUGAGGCAUAGAGUCAAGAGCAAACGCUUGCUUGGUGUCUGGAAAACUUGAGGCAUAGUGUCAGAUUAUGCUUACUUAUAUCAAAGAUUUUGACUCCACUAUCGUUCCACAGGUGAGGCAACCAUGCCACGACUCACAGCCUGUGUUCUGUAGAGUGAUGUGCACAUCCACUGGAAGCAAUAAGGUUAGCCUGCAAUUGAGCAUUCUUACUCUGAGUUUUCUCAUGUUCAGCAGAAGCUUUAAAUAUCUAGUAAGUGGCGAGACUGUGGCAUUUGCAGCGGCAGGGAGUGGUUGGAGUGAAUAAUAAAGAUGCAAAUAGGCAGAGGCUGGAUAAGGGUAUGUCUUGGAGGCAAAGAGUCGUACAGUGCGGACAUAAUCCCGGGAGCCCAGCCUGCCCAUGCCCACCAUCUAUACCCCAUCUAUACCUCAUCGUUCUUUUGUGUGGGGAAGAACUGCAGAUGCUAGUUUAAUCCGAAGAUAGACACAAAAUGCUGGAGUAAGUCAACGGGUCAAGCAGCAUCUCUGGAGAGAAGGAAUGGGUGACGUUUCGGGUCGAGGCCCUUCUUCAGACCCUUCUGAAGAAACGUCUCGACCCGAAACGCCACUCAUCUUUCUUUUGUUUUGUUUUGACCAUAUAAUAUGCUGCUUCCAAAAAUAGUUCCAUAACCUCACACGCUGAAUCAAAGUUUGCCAUUUUGAGUCGUAGAGUCACACAGCGAUAGAUUGAAAAUAGGCCCUUCUGCCCAACACCGACAAACAUGUCCCAUCUACCUGAGUCCCACCUGCGUUUUGGUCCAAAGCCCUCUAAACCUUUGCCAUCCAUGGACCUCUCCAAAUAGGAGAAGGGAGAGGAGAAUGCAGAGAACCUUUGCGAUUCUCCGCCUCAGGGAGCUGUGGAGGGUUACUCACUAGAAUUACGUGGAUGGAUUUAGAUGGGAAAAGUCAGGGGGGGACUGAAUGUUCAGCUAGAGUUUAGUUUGUUGACAUGUGUACCGAGAUACAGUGAGAAGCUUUUGUUUUGUUUUUGUUGUGGGGAGAAGGCAGGAGAAUGGGGUUAGGAGGGAGAGAUAGAUCAGCCAUGAU